AUGGCUUUCAGCAAAGUCUACCGCGCUACCGUCUUCGCAAAGAGAAAGGAGGGCGUGGCACAGGAAGAAUUCUCUCGCCGCUUCGCUCGCCACGGAACGUUGGCCGGCCCAGUAAUCCAGAAGCACAACGGCAUAGCCUACAUCCAGCACCACGUCUUUGAUGCCUAUGCCGAGGAAUUCAAAGAAAAGAUUGGACCUGAGAUGGCCCCGUUUUUCAAUUUUGUCCAGGCCGAUGGGAUCAACACCCUCAUCUUCCCGACUAUGGAUGAUCUCGUCGGCUUCUUCAAGGACCCAGCACAUGAGGAAACUCUGAAUGCUGAUGUCGCCGAGUUUGCCGAUCCAACAACCGUCACCUUUGCGGUCGGAGAUGAGAAUGUGGUUAUCGAGGGUGGAAAGUUGCUUGUCUAG